AUGAAACCAUUAUUAUGCUCAAAAAAUACAAUUAAUGAAUGUUUAGAAAUUAAUAAAUACACAAUCAAAGCUGUAUGUUUAAUGAUGACAAAAUCAAGUGAUCAACAAUAUGAAGAAAUUAUAAAACAAAUGGCAAAUAUCCCAAUUGCUGAACGUCAAUCGGCAAUUGAUAAAAUUUUCUCAACUUAUACACCACUUAUUGAUGAACUUACGUCGAAGAUUGUGGAAAUUACAAAACAGAUGCAAGAAGGAACGAAUUCCUUUGGAGGUGUUGCCUUUUUAAUACACAAAUCAAUCAAAUAUAAAAUAGUAAUUAAGGAAUUGAAUUCUAUCUUAAUUGAAAUUGUAACAAUACCUGAACCAACUAGCGUUGGUGCAGUAUAUGUACCUCCCGGAUCAAUUUCUCCAUUUCAACUUUUUACGAAAUGUAGAAAUAAACUUUUUUAUAUCUUUGGAGAUUUCAAUGCUAAACAUACAGAUUGGGGAUGUGAAAGAACUAAUGUUAGUGGAAAUCAAAUUGUUUCAUGGUUGGAAUUAACUGGAAAUGAAAUGAUUAUACCUGAUAAACCAACCUCUCGAAGAUCCAACGCUAUCACUGAUUUCAGUUUAACGCAUGAUGCCACCGGCUGGCACACCGAAGUGAUUGAUAAAGGUACAUCAGAUCACUUUCCUAUAUUAUUACAGUCUCCUCUAUGUGUUCCUUUAACAUCAGUAUUUAAAAAAAACAACUGGAAGUUCUUUACAUUCUUUCUUAAUACUGUUUAUGAAUAUUGGUUGUCUCUUGUAUACAACUAUGAUGAACAAUUCUUUUUUACUCAAUUCUCGGAAUUUCUAACAAGUCUUUGGGAUAGAUGUAGUACUUAUAAAUCGGCAAGGCAAUAUCGACCACCAUGGCCACCUCAUCUGGUUGCUCUGGCUCGUGAAGUAAAUAGAAGAAGACGUAUACAUAGACGUAAUAAAACUGAAACCAACCUGUAUAUGUUUCUACAGGUAAAGACGCUUUUUAUUGACGAACGUUCUCAUUUAACUCAAAAAAAAUAUGACUCCAAACUAGAACGUAUCGUGAAAGAUCAGAACAUUUGGAAUUUUGUUCGCCCUACCUUUCACUCGUUUUCUCCCCCAUUUCGUGGAUUAACUGUUAAUGCAGUCAUAAUGAAAAAUCCUAAAGAUAUAGUUGAUACACUAGCUAAUCAUUAUGAGCAACAUUUUGCUGAACCUACACCUGAUAUGAACAAUGAAAUACAACGAAAAUAUAUAUCUACUUAUAAUAAAAUUUCUCUUCUGUCCAAUAUUCCAUUAGAGAGAAUACUUCCUAUUCCCAAAAGUUACACAUUCCUGCAUCGCCUUCUGACCCGAAAUCCCUUACCAUCAAUUCCAGAAAACCUAAAACGACCCUUUCCCUCAAAUACAUGCCACAACCAGGAAUUCCUGAUACGUAGUUCCUUUCAAAUCCAACUCUCAACAUCCAAUUCCUGAUCAUUCCGGGUAAUUCCAGAAUUCGAAGGAUAUACUGAAUAACGAAAUGAUCAUCUUAAAAGAUCUAUUCGAUAUCAAAGCGGAAUUCCGGAAUUUGUGCAUAUCCGGAAUCACUAGGAAAUGCAGGAAUUCCUGGUCAUUCCAUAUCGAUGCAAUUCCGGAAUUCUAAAACGGAAUUGCAUCUUUAUUUCUAUAGCAAUGUUCAGUUGAACAUGAAUACCAGCUUAUGCAAGAAUUGGUAGGAAUUCCGUAAAAUUCGAUGGCAUGGGUAGGAAUUGGAUGUCAGGAAUUCCGGAAUUGAAUGAUGAUGAGUUUGUUGGCCUUAUGCGAUGCAGGAAUGUGUAACUUUGCGAAAUAGGAUGACUGCUCCCAUUAGACCCGAUACCAAUAAAUGAAGUAAUUAAGGAGUGGAGAAAAAUGGCAGCGAAAAAAUCUACAGAUAGUGUUGACACCUGAGCUUUUUUUAUUGAAAAAACUUCCGGAACAAUAUUUGAACAUAAUGACCGUAUUGUUCAAUAAGUGCUCGGAUAAAGGUGAAUUUUUUCUGGCUGCAAAACAUGCCAAAGGAAUAUGUAUCCCGAAGGAAGGUGUUUACCCGUCCCCUAAUAGACUACGACCUAUAUCAUUACUUCCAAAUAUUGAAAAGUGCUUUGAACGUAUCGUUCACAAUUGUAUACAAUCGUGGUGCAAGAAUAAUAAUAUAUACAUUGAUGAACAAUCUAGUUUUUCUCCUGGUAGGCGAUUACAGACAAGAACAAUUUCCCUUAUUGAAGAAUUAAGAAUGACUGUUGCAGCGAACAAUCGACCUGCGUUAGUAAUAUUCAUCGACUUUUUAUGUACUUUCGAUAGAAUGUGGACCCCUACUCUCAUUGCUAAUUUGUACGAACUGAAUAUGCCAUUACCACUUUUAAAAUGGAUAUUCAACUGGUUAAAAGAUAGAUCCUUUUGCAUCCACUAUGGUGAUGAAAAGUCUCGUAAAGUCCAAAUGAAAAUAGGAGCUCCCCAAGGCUCUGUUAUUGCUGCAACCCUAUUCAGACUUCAUAUACACUGUCUUCCCUUGUAUUUUAAAAAUGUUGAACUUCACCUUUUUGCUGAUGACCUUGCUCUUGUUCUAUCUGGUUCACUUGAAAAGAAGUUCUGUGUAAAUGUUAAAGAACUGGAAGACAAAGCAGCUUUAAUCUUAAAAAGGUUGGGAAAAUUUGCAGAUGAUCUAAUUCUACCAGUAAAUAUAUCCAAAACAAAAGCUCUUCUUGUCCACAGUAUUGUAUCUCCUUCAUACCCCCAUCUCAAUUAUAAGUUGCAACCAAUUGCAUAUGUUAAAAGAUUUAAAUAUUUAGGAGUAUAUAUUUCUACAAAAUUAGGAUGGGAUACUUACAUUAAUGAAUGUCUGCAAACUAUAAGUAAAAUCUAUAACGGUAUGAAAAUAGUAUUUAAAACGAUUAAAAUGAAGGAUAUCAACGUACGAAGAAAAAUUUCCUUUCAUUUGCUCUUCCACAUUACUUAUGGUUAUUUUCGACAUGGUUCUACUACACUGAUAAACAAAAAGAACGCAUUGAACAUACGUUUUGUCACGGACUUAGAAUUGUAUAUAAUCUACAUCAGUGGGAUGAUAUAACAACAUUAGAUCUUGCUAGAGAUAAAUCACUACGUGAUUAUCUGUUUACAUAUUGGCGUCGACUAGUUUUACAUUUGCUUAACUCCCCUGAAGCCCUUUCUUUCCAACUGACCUGGAAUGCAUAUCUUACCAUUACGUCUCUUGAUAAUAGCUGGUUCAAGUCAAUGGGAUUUCGUAAGAACAGUAGUUUUCCAAAUAGAUUAAUUGAUCAAGUGAGGCACUGUCUAAUUGACUGGAUAGAUUUUGAUGUAGUUCAUGAUAAACAAUACGAAUACUUUAGGAAAUCAACAAAUAUGAUAAACUCCUUCAUAUAUAAAUACUAUCUUUUACCACCUUAGACCUUUGAUAUCUAAGUUACAAUUAAUAAUCUGAACCUGAGAAUGAAACGAUUUAACCCUAAUUAUAUAAUGACACAUUAAUUAAACCUGGAAAUCGAUCUUGUGAUACCGUCAAUGAAUGCAUGGUGUUAUCUAGAUAUUGUCCUCAGAAUGAUAAAACUGUUAUAUGUAUCAUUUUUAUUUAUUGUUUUUCUUCGUCUACUACUUCUUAUUGUUUGUUGUCGUUGUUCUAUUGUUCUACAGUUAGUAGUCCCUUUUAUUAUAUUCCUUGAUACUGCUCGUUCUUACUAUAUAUUCUGUUACUACUUUUAUUUACCUUAUUGGGUGUUUGUUAUGUGACAUUACUUUCAUUAUAACUAUUACUUUAUCUAGUAGUGUACUGCGUUACUCCCUGUAUUUGGUGUUUCAUGUUCGUUUUUCCAUUGUCUCUCUUUUAAUAUCUCCCCUGUGAACCAGUUACUUAUGGCACAAUAAAAGUAGAUAUUAAAAAAAAAAAAAGUAUAAGAACAGAAAUGAAAGUAAAGAUAUCGAAUCAGAAUAGUCAAUAUACUUGAAAUCGUUAACGUUGAGAUGAGUUUAAUACUUUUAUACGAAGAAAACGAUAAACAAUAAGUAAUACUUGUUUAAGACAUCCGAAUACUAAAAUUGAGUUCUGAAAAGAAAAUUCAUCGUCUAAAAAAUAAUCAUGCAUUAAUGAAAUAAUAUAUUUUCAAGAUUAUCAAUUGAACUAGUUUUUAAAAAUGAUUGUUUUUUUUUAACUUUUCCCCGUAUUAUAUUACGUUUUAAAUAUUCGAGCAGCACUACAAUAAGUACAUUGUAUAGCGCAAUCAAAGAGCUUCUGUUCUUAGUUAUUAGUAGUCCAUGGUGACGCGGUAUUUUCUAGUUCGCAAUAAAUAUUGAAAUCAAAUUUUCAGUUCACCUUUUUCAAUUGAAGAUAAAUAGCUUAUGUUUCAAUUAUGUUCCUUAUUAUUAUUGUCUUUGUUCUUUUUUCAUUUAACU